UGUAGUAUGGGGGCGACGGAUGAGAAACCCGCGCGGUGCGCUAUGCUCGCUCACAAACCGACUGGCGUAGCCUGAUGAGAAGGUGCUGUGGAUGAUGAGAGCCUAAUUGCCGUCCCUGCAUCAGCAGCGUCUCGGAAGCAUCCUGGGAAUUGCUUGCCCGACGCUCAGAGCAGCUGAUCACAUGAGCCUGAAUUUUCAGUUCAGUUCAUUAGUCAGCCAUUUUGGUCAACACCCUGCUUACUGCGCACAACCAAUCCUAUCGGCACUCGCUCUCUGCCUGCUCUGGGAAGAAAGGGACCAGCAGUUUGAUUUCACCAAACCUGGAUAUCUGUCUCUACAGUCUGCCUUUGUUUUUGCUCGGGUAAUCACCAGAGGAAGCCAUUCUUUUUCCUCCUUCUGCUUUUUUUAUUUCUUUUUAUAUUUUUCUUUCUGUCUUUUUUUUUCCCCCUUAUCUCCUGUCUUUGAUGCAGAAGCCGGGUUUUCCGUGGUCGCUUAGGAUCAAUAGUCUGUAGCAUAGCUGAAGACGACGACGACAGUUGGUGGAAAGGAGGGAGGAAGAGACGAGCGUGAAGGAGCAGCGUUUUUACCUUGCUUUCUAUAUGAAAAGGCCAGAGCAGUCUUUGCGAUCCUGAGCAUAUCUAUCCUUUAAUAGCAAGGUAUUUCUUAUUUUCUUCUUCAGAAAGCUUUUCUUUUUUAGUUCUUAUUUUUGCCCCCCCCUGUUGUUGCUGUACCAGCUGAGUCAUCAUGUCUGCUCUGACGCCUCAAAGCGACAUGCCAACCCCCACCACAGACAAGAUCACUCAGGCUGCCAUGGAGACCAUCUAUCUUUGCAAAUUCCGAGUGUCGAUGGAUGGAGAAUGGCUCUGCUUGCGCGAGCUGGACGACAUCUCGCUGACGCCCGACCCAGAGCCUACCCACGAAGACUCUUGGGAGGAUUUGACAGAUGUGGUGGAGCAAUUGCGUGAUGAUACUGAAGAUCCUAAUUAUCUCAUGGCUAAUGAACGCAUGAACCUGAUGAACAUGGCGAAACUGAGUAUCAAGGGGCUGAUUGAAUCGGCGCUUAACCUGGGCAGGACGCUGGACUCCGACUAUGCACCUCUUCAGCAGUUCUUCGUCGUGAUGGAACAUUGCCUUAAACACGGCUUGAAAGCCAAGAAGACUUUCCUUGGGCAAAAUAAGUCAUUUUGGGGACCUCUAGAACUAGUAGAAAAACUUGUUCCUGAAGCUGCAGAAAUUACAGCAAGCGUGAAGGAUCUCCCAGGGCUGAAGACACCUGUGGGCAGAGGAAGAGCUUGGCUUCGCCUGGCUCUAAUGCAGAAGAAACUUUCAGAAUACAUGAAAGCCUUGAUUAACAGAAAGGAUCUUCUCAGUGAAUUUUAUGAGCCAAAUGCACUGAUGAUGGAAGAAGAAGGUGCGAUCAUUGCUGGCCUCCUAGUAGGUUUGAAUGUCAUCGAUGCAAACUUCUGCAUGAAAGGAGAAGACCUGGAUUCACAGGUUGGAGUUAUUGAUUUCUCAAUGUAUUUGAAAGAUGGGAACAGCACGAAAGGCAGUGAAGGAGAUGGUCAGAUAACAGCUAUUUUGGACCAGAAGAACUAUGUAGAAGAACUCAACAGACAUUUAAGUGCUACAGUAAACAACCUACAGGCCAAGGUGGAUGCCUUGGAAAAAUCCAACACUAAACUGACCGAGGAGCUUGCGGUUGCAAACAACAGGAUUAUUACGCUGCAAGAAGAGAUGGAACGGGUUAAAGAAGAAAGUUCUUACAUCUUAGAGUCCAAUCGCAAGGUCACCAAAGACAGAACUGCUGAUGGACAUGCACUGACUGAGGCACGAAAACAGUUGAAGGAGGAGACUCAGCUGCGGCUGGAUGUGGAGAAGGAGCUGGAGGCGCAGAUCGGGAUGCGGCAGGAGAUGGAGCUAGCCAUGAAGAUGCUGGAGAAAGAUGUUUGCGAGAAGCAAGACGCGCUGGUGGCGCUCAGACAGCAACUGGAUGAUCUCAGGGCCCUAAAGCAUGAACUGUCUUUCAAGCUGCAGAGUUCAGACAUGGGAGUGAAACAGAAGAGUGAAUUAAACAGCCGUUUGGAAGAAAAAACAAAUCAGAUGGCCGCCACCAUCAAACAGCUUGAACAAAGAUUGCGACAGGCAGAGAAGGACCGUCAGUUGGCCCAGCAGGACAACCGUCUCUUCAAGCAGGAGUUUGGGGACAAAAUCAACAGCCUCCAGCUAGAAGUGGAAGAGCUCUCCAGGCAGCGGAGCCACCUUGAACUCGAACUGAAGCGGGAAAGAGACAGAUGGUCACACAGUCACCAGCGCAGCCAAGAAAACAAAAAAGGCGCAAAGAAUUGGCUAAGACAGGACGGGAAGCUCAAAAUCCAGGAAGAAAACGCUAAAGUGAAACAGCCGCUGAGAGAGGAGAACAGCGUCCCGCCACACAAGUUACCGAGCGACGCACAGGAAGAGCAGGAACAGCUGUCAGGACCGGGAAACGCCGAGAUCUGCCAGCUCUGCCAGGAAGAAAGCAGCCGAAGCAAAAAAAAGAACAUCUGCAAGAAUUGUGGCGGCAUCUUCUGUGAAACCUGUUCGGCGAAUGAGCUGCCUCUCCCAUCUAGUAUUAACCCCGAGCGCGUCUGCAAUCCCUGUCACGAGCAGCUCAUCCAGCAGUACUCGAGCAGUCCCUUGUAGGGCAUGGGUUGCAGAGAGAGGUGACCAAAAACUGGUUGUAGCUAAUGAUGGUUUCUGGAGUUCAGGAGGAAGGUGAAGAGAAGACGCUUGCCUGUGUUCUUUGGAGGUCAGAGGGGAAGCAGCUUCGUGGUGUUUACGGUCUCUUGUGACUUAAGUCUGAGCCUUCCCUGUACGAAAGCCUGCCUGCUCUCAGACCCGAGCUUGCGCUGGGGAGAGCUGCUUUGGGCACGUCACAGAGCUGUCCCCGAGCUGUGCCCGACCGGCCGCAGGGCGCGCUGAGAACACACACAGCCCUCGCCCAACCAAGAGCCGCGUGUGUGUCUGCGUGUGCGAGUCGGGAACAGUCUCGUCCUCAAGCGUGUGGCGUGAAAGCAUGCUGCUGCUAAGCCAAGGCUCGCUGAAAGCAGAACGGGAGAGUUUUUAAUCCUCAUGUCUGGCUGCACUUGAAAUACCAUUUCCCCUUCCCCGCUUGCUUUGACAAUCCGGCUCGCCCGCGCCACGUCAGUACCGGGGGUCGGAAGGCCAGGUGGGACGCCAGCAGACACCUCCGACCUUCAGUUCUUUGGCUCAGCCCUCUGGCCGUGGGCUGGCUAUGCCAAUCAGUCUCAAAAAAUCCAAGCAAGCUGUUCAAGUUCUCCUUUAUUUUAGGGGCUUGGGGGGUGUAGGUGGUUCUGAGGCGUGCGCGAUGCGAGAACCGACGACCUGCACUGAUCUGGCCUGGAAGUGCCUUGGGGCAUCUCCGGCCGUCCCCUCAGAGACCCUCACUGUGACUCGGGGCUACAAGACGGUGCUCAGAGGGAAGGGUGCAACUCUGCUUCUGUCCUGGGGGUAUCUGGAGGAACGGGAUUCCCCAGGAUUUACGUACCAAACCCUCCUCGCCUCCCAGGAGGUUUAGGGCCGCUUGGAUCCACCUCUCCCCCUUGUGCACAUGAAAGAAUCAUCAUCAACCUGGAACUUCACUUUUUUUUUUUCGGUUAGAUCAAAAUGAAGGAGAGAUGAAAUGGGAAUGCUUUUCACCUACUAGAAAUUCUAAUUUGGAACAGUUUAAAGAGGUUUGACGGUUUAUGCUACAUUAUUCUUCGUUGCUGUUAACCUCAGGCAGUUCCGUUACUCCAAAAAGCGGCGGCGACUUCCACGUGAAGCACGUAGUGUGUUGCAGUUGGGUUUGGGCCGUUCCGUACUGGCAGCCUACUUGAAUCUUUAAGACCACGGAAUGUUUUGUAGUCAGUAGAAAACUGAUGCAUUUAUAUGUGAGAAAUGCAUUUGGGUUAGUACAAAUUUUAUUAGGUGUUAGUGGUUUAAUUCCUGUGGGGGGAUUCUCUGUGUUAGACUGGCUGGAACCGCAUUACAAAGUGCAUCAGAGCUGAGGUCAUUUACGUGGUUGGUGCUAGUUUGUACCGGGAAUUACCCUGCUAGUUCCCUCUCGGCCUCGGCGCGUUCAGCCACCCAAGUUCUCCAACCCCCUUAGUGCCCUUAGAGCCAGAGCAUGUCACAGGGGGGCAAACAGUUCUUUUUCUGCUUUUUUCCCCUCCCUCAUGGUAGUUACCACAUCCAUUGCCUUGCCGCUGUCCCUUAGAGUAGAGCAGUAGUUGUAAAGUGUUGAAAUACAACAAGCCUAGAGCUGAAGUGUGGGCUUUGCAGGGGCGAGACACCAGAGAUGAGGGGAAAGGAUACUGAAUUUAGUGUUAAUAGUUUUGUGUACGUUCUGUACACAUGUACAAGAUUUCAAUUUCCUGCAUCCAAGCCCAGUGUGACUCGUCCCCCAAGGAGAAAACGAGACCCAAGGAAUUUCCAUGUUAGAGGGUUCAACUGGAAGCGGGGUGCGUACUGUUAAAUAAUUUUAAUGCUGGCACAUCCAGCAUUUUGCAGCGUGGAAGCGACAGCUUAUUUGUGACCUGGAGCCAGCUUUCCACUUGUCCUGCCAGGAGCGGCUGCAGUUCCACCUGCUCCAAGUGGGCUGUGACUGUUCACGUGAAGAGCAGGCCGGCUCUCGAGCGGGUCCUCUGAAGUGACGCGAGGUCUCUACGCGUGGGCUGGCUGGAAACCCUUCAGAAUACGGCUCUGGCGGCUGGAAUGGAAACUGGCCUUUAGAAAGGUCAGAGCGAGACAGCGGUCGCUGCCAGCGUCACCAGUUGCCUUUCCUGCCGUCCUGGGCUCUGUGAAUGGCUCUGCCUCCGCGUACUGGAUGUUACGCUUCGCGGGGCUGCAUGCUUGAGGCACGUUUGCUCAGGUACCGCUUGUAAUGCGAGUGUGGGUUGACACCUGGACGUUGGGCUUGGGGCAGUUUUUCUGGUGUUAAUUUUGUUCCCUAUAAUAAUAAAAACUUGAUCACCU